GGCAGCUCCUAAGGCACGACGCGCUGUUCCUCGACUCCGGCGGGGCAGCAGCGUGCCCGGGACACACCAUCCCUGCUCUGCCCGCUUCUCCCCGCCGAGGGCUGCGGGGCCCCGGCGCGGCGGGGGCGGGGGCGGCCUCGGCCCGCCCCGGGGGCGGAUAAAGCGGCGGGAACGGCCCCACCGCGGCAGGUGCCGGGGGAGCGGAGCGCGCCCAGUUGGGGAUCGCCAUGAGGGCCCCGCGGGCGGGACUGGUGCUGCUGGUUUCACUGCUGAUAAUGCCCGGAAUGGGAGCAGAGGACUGCCCGGAGGGAGAGUACUUCAGCGGAGGUCACUGCUGCGUACUUUGUCCAGCAGGUACUUACGUUGCUGCCCACUGCAGUACUCCGCAUUCACGAGGAAGAUGUGAGAAUUGCACUGCAGGAGAGAGUUACACUGCCCACGCGAAUGGCUUGGAAGAAUGCUUAACCUGCAGACAGUGCAAAGAUGAUCAGAUAACUUUGACAACCUGUACUCUGACACGUGAUACUGAAUGCCAAUGCAAACAAGGGUAUUUCUGCCCUACUGAGGGCUGUGAAAUAUGUCACAGAAGGAGUACAACGUAUCCGGAAGGGAAAGACACUGUGCAGAACUGCAAUGCUACCACAGAUGUAGGAUGUGACUCACCUGGUCAAGGAAGCUUAGCUCCUUUCAUUGUUGUUCUGAUUAUCUUGGGUGGUUUUGCUGCAUUGCUGCUCUUUCUAAUUAGAAAGCUGAAGAGUAGAAAAGCUGCUUCAACUGAUAAAGAUGUGGAGAAAGGUCUGGAGUCAGAGGGCAGUACUGAAAGCCUCAUUUUACCAGGACAGACACCUGCAAAUACCACAAUCAACCUAGAGGAUGAGAAGUCUCGUGAGAGCCCAGAGGGCCAAGCCCAAACCAAUGAUAACUUGGAAGUAAAAAACACAUCACCAGAGGAAAACAGUGUUCAGCUUUCUGAGCUGGGCACCACCUCACAUUGCAGCUGGGGGUGCCACAUGGAAAGGUGCUGGAGGAAGAUCACCAAGCCUUCACCAGCAGCAAAAACUGGACAGAAUCCUGCUUUUCAUCAGAAUGCCCCACCUAAGGUACCAAAGGCUAGGAUGCCAGCAAAGCAUAGGGCACGACGCACACACUGUCGAAUAAAAGUUAAAGAUCUCUCUCAAAGAGAGCUGAGAGAUACCUUUCAGGUCAUUAUAAAUGAAGUACCACCCAAAAAGUGGAAGCUCCUUAUGAGAACUCAUCUGCAGGAAAAUGAUAUUAGUAAAAUUAUUUAUGACUUUCCUAAUGAUAGAGAAGAGCAAUGUUACCAGAUGCUUCUCACCUGGAAAAACACACUGGGAGAAAAACAGGCUAUUAUUAAAUUACUACAUGAGAUAAGGUAUCUAGAUAUCAAGGCUUAUGAUAAUGUAUUGAACACUUUAAAAAGUAAUAACAUUAUAACUAAAUAAGAAGCUAAAGAUUAAUGUUUAUCAUGAACUUUAAAAAUGCUCCUGUGUACAUAUAUAUGUCUACAAACUUCCUGUAAAUGAGGAUGUCAGCACACUGCUAGGAGAAGCGAUGGCGGGGACUUGAUAUCCUCCUCACCUUCAUGCAGGGAGUGAUUUAACACCAUUGGUGUUAGCACAGAAUCCGGUUGUGACUUUCACUAAGGUCUUUUGAGUUGUCUGAUACGGAACGCGGGCGCCGGAUGCCGGCUCGAGGAGCUCCAGCUCACCUUCCCUUGGGGUGGCAGGACCGUGCUGUUCCAACCCGGGGGGCACACGCGAAGAAGCAGCUGCUCUUUCUGAGAGGAUUGCAGUGCUUUGCUUCCUGAAAGGAUUGUGUUUUGUUUUUUGUAUUAUGCCGGGAAUUGUUAUGUUUGAAGCACGGUAAUAAAAGCCUGGUUGAGCCAGA